AUGUUUUACUUCCACUGUCCCCCUCAACUGGAUGGGGAGUGCUGUCGCACUAACACGUUGAAUUCCAGCGGGUUUGCCAAUCACUCUGCCGGGGAUUUCGACGACGGCUUUCUACGGAGAAAGCAACGCAGAAAUAGAACAACAUUUACUUUACAACAGUUGGAAGCUUUGGAGGCAGUCUUUGCCCAGACCCACUAUCCGGACGUGUUCACGCGCGAGGAGCUAGCCAUGAAGAUCAACCUGACAGAGGCGCGUGUGCAGGUGUGGUUCCAGAACCGCAGAGCUAAGUGGAGAAAGACAGAGCGAGGGAGUGGAGACCCUGAUGGAGGAAAAGAGCAGAUGAACGAGGGAGGCACUCCUCCGUCCCGCAGUCUGAAUUCCCAGUCUCCAGUGGACCACAACAGAAAGCACAAGGAGCCAAUGGAAAUGCAGCAGAGUAUGAACCGUCCGGUGGGUCCUGGUGGUCCGUUCUUUCCAUCCUGUUUGCCAGGGACUCUCCUCAACUCUGCUACCUACGCACAAGCACUGUCUCAAGUCGCCACCCUUAAAGGUGGAGGCCUGUGCUCCUGCUGCGUUCCUGACCCCAUGGGUCUCUCCUUCUUACCUCCGUACGGUUGUCAGGGCAACCGCACUGCUAGCGUGGCCGCCCUACGUAUGAAGGCCCGGGAGCACUCUGAGGCUGUUCUGCAGUCUGCCAAUCUGCUGGGGGCCGCACCCGGACCUGGGGCUGGAGCCCUGACCGGGGUCGGGGUGGUGGGGGCUGGGGUCGGCAGGCCCACGGUGGGCUCUGGCAUGGGGGUUACUUCUGGAGGCUCAGGGAGAGGAGGCGGAGGAGGGGGAAGCUCCAGUCCAAGCCCUGCUACCAAGGCCCCGACGCUGGGCAGCAGCCCGGAGAAACACCCUCACUGUCCCAAGGAGCCCCUGGAGAAGAAGUGA